AAUAUCAUAUAUCGAGAAUGAUAUGUAUUAGUACAUUUUUAUAAACUUUGGAUAUUCUUGACAUCCUGAAAUUCUGAAAUUUCAUUAGAUCUUACAUCGGGGGAAAGAAUAAGUAAAGAACAAAAUCUCAAGGAUUUUUUACGUGUUCCAGAUUUAAAACAAUAAUGGAUGGAAGCAAAUCUUCCAUUUGCGGGUGUACUUGUCGGUACUCUAACCUUGUCAUUCGAAAGUGUUUCGUUAGCGAAUGAUGGAUACGUGAACGAGUGCACGUGUGCACAUAGUCGAGAGCGAUUCCGAAGGAGAACGAGUUUGUUGAGCGUGUAUAUCUACAUCUCUCUCGAUCUCUCACUGUCGGCCAAUCGAGAUUACGAAUUCGAUCACACCCUUCGCCCGGCCUCUUUGCCUAUUGGCUGAUCGUUUGAUCGUGACGUUGCUGACCCGCUUUUAAAAUUCGAUCGAUGAUCAAACUUCACGCUGUGGAAACUGCGCAGAGUAAAGUUUAACAGAUAAGAUAACUUUGUCCUGUCAAAUUGAAGGAACUUUAAGUCAUGGCUUGUAUGAAUAAAGAAUAAAGUUUGAUGCGCACAAAAUGAUAAACGAUAGGAAUGAAGAGAGAAGGAGCGAGUGAAGAGAACAAGAGAGAAUUUUGAGUGAAGUUUAACCGAGAUACGAGUUACGAAUAAUGUGGAUUCGAUCGAGGGGAAAUCGAGACGCCCCCCUCCCCCCAAGACAAGAUUCUUGGUCAAGAGGGGAAGGUAACGCGCAAAAUACAGCGCUUACAAUUAUAUGGUCAAAGACUACAAAAUGAGAAAGAUAGAGAACGGGAGAGGGGAGAGUUUGCACAAAUAUGAUGGACGGAGAGGGAACGAAAGAUGAGCAUGCGCACAUCGCUUGGUGACGCUACCCGGUGCGCGCCGCGCGCCUAGCAUAGCCACGCUUCUUGCACGUCACGUCUAUGAGCGUCACGAAUGUCACGAUUGUCAAGUAUAUCAGUAUCGUUGUAAACAAGCGCCUGUUUAUCUAAAAAUAUUAUUGAUUAUAUAUUAAAUAUAAGUCUCCCUGAUUGUUGCCAUCUUAAAUAAGCUGAAAAGAAGAGGCGAGUGUUAAAAAAGUGGAUAAGGGCUGCUUUAUCAAAGCAGCAAGAGACGACAGAUUUUCUCUCUUCCAUUUUGGAAGAACAAGUGGCUGAGUGGAGAAUCGGCGUUAUUUCUAAUCUAAAAAGAACAUUGCCAACGACAUUUUUGUUUUUGAUAUUAACGAAUUAAUUCUAACAAAAAUAAGUUAUAGAAUAUUAAAAACGUGAAGGAGUGCUGCUUAUAUCUCAAGAGGACACAUAUAUCUCCAUUUUGGAAGAAUAAAUAAUCAGAUUAAAACGGCGUCAUUUUUAUACUUUGCAAAAGUGUCCUCCAUAUUUGACAAAAGUUCUGACAUAAUUAGUAUUAAUUUUGAAACAAUUAAAAGAACAAUUAAAGAGGUGAAGAGAAGUGUGUUACUGUGGCUCGAAAGGGACAAAUAUAAUCAUUAUUUUGGAGUAAGGAGAACACGUGACCGUGUCCGGCAUUACUUUUAAUACAUUUCGGCAACAUAUUUUACGUCAACAUUGUGGCAGUGCUUCUCCCAUCAAUUUCGGGAAAUUCGGAUCUCAAUUGUUUGUGUUUCUUUGACGAAACAUGAAGUUAAUUGUAAAUGUGCUCAAUGAAAUUAAUGAUUAUCAUAAUAAUUCUUACACAGACUUAAUUUCGUGUUUAUUACUACGAUCAUAUUUUUUGGGCAAUUCUACAUUUUCGUUACUUCGUGAACUUAAGAAUCGAUAGUGAUUCAUAUAACGGACAGGAUGUUCAGUUUUCACAAACCAAAGGUGUACCGAUCUAGUACAGGCUGCUGCAUUUGUAAAGCCAAAUCUAGCAGUUCGAGAUUUACAGACAGUAAAAAGUAUGAGGACGACUUUAUGCCAUGUUUUCAACUUGAGGAGAGGCGUAACGGUGAAAUAUGUAAUGCGUGUGUGCUUCUAGUUAAGAGAUUCAAGAAGCUACCUCCAGGAAGUAAUCGUAACUGGAAACAUGUUGUGGAUGCGCGUGCCGGUCCUGGUAUUAAGUCGUUGAUGAAAUUCAAAGCAAAAAAUAAAAGGAAGCUUAAAGAUAAACCUGACAAGCUUGUCAAAAAAAAACACAUUUUCAUGAAAACAGAAGCAGAUCGAGAACAAAGUCCGGCGAUGAGCGACGAUUUGACUGAAGAUUAUAGAUUAACGGAUAGCAAAACUUCGAGAAGAUCGGAAAGUGCUUCAGACAACGACGAUAUUAAUGCUAAUGAAAAACAACUGAGUCUCACUUCUAAAGAUGAAGAUAUUGAAAAAGACAAUGUUAAUUUCAUCGAUUUAUCAUAUUAUAAAAGAGAGGUAAUUUGUUGCGGCAGCAUUUUCAGAGGUGCUAAUGGCGAGGUUAUAAUGUAUCCUUCCUUCCUUAAACCUUGUAUAAGCUGCUUUGCCGGACGGCAACUUACUGCUUCCUUGGUAUCUGUCAGUCCCAUUCAUAGUUCGGCAUCUGUUAGUCCUGCUCAUAGCGUCGAAUCUACAUUAUCAUCAAAUACGGAAACUAAUUCCAAACAAAGUACCAAGAUAUUCAGUGAUUCGUCGUCUGAUUCCGGAUAUGAUGAAUCCUCCAAUCAGUAUGAGAGCAAGAUGGCGAAGAAUGUUCACAUCAAGGAAGAUAUGGAAAUGGAAGAACCAGUAAGGUCCAUAGAACUUGAACAAUUAUCGGAUUGUAAAUCCUUGCAAACUAUCAAUGUUGGUAAUCAAUCACUCCAGUCGGUCUCCAAUUAAUGUCGGCCCUUUGUAGAAGGUUAAUUUAUUCCUUUACUUAUGAAAAAAUACGCAUAAAUAUGUACAUAUAUAUACAUAUACAAGAGGUAUCCAUACAAAUCAUUCAGUAAUUUUUUAAUCACAAGCUUUAACUGAAAUAUCAAUUUGGAAGAUUAUCAUAAUUUGAAAGAUUUUUAAUUUGGAAAGAAUUUUUUCUUUAUAGCAUAAAAAUUUAAUUUUUAAUUCUGAGAUAAGACUAAUUUUUGACAUUCGACACUUGCAAUAUUUAUUUUUCUUUUUUUGGGGAGGAGGAUGGGGGGAUGGAGAAGGGUUAUUUCAGAUUAAAAAAGUCUUCAACUAAUCUUUGAAUUUCAAUUUAAAGACGAUUUUUUCCUGUGGGAAAAAUAUUCAAAUAAAGGAAUAUUCAAUAAAUAA